AUGAAUGAUUUUGUCCAUAUAUUUUUCACAGCUUGUGGUAAUAUUUUCUGUGAUACGUGCACAACACAUCGUGCUAUUGUUCCAUUUCUUGAUAACAAAACACUUGAACGUGUUUGUAAUAAUUGUUAUGAUAAACUUCAAUCAUCAACACUUUCAUCAGUAUUUCAAAAUAAUUAUGCACAUACUCAAAAAAAGAAUUCGCCUGAAUGUGAGACAGAUGGUAUUAAUAGUUCAGCAGAUCCAAAUUUAUAUCGUUUUUCCAUGUCAAGACGUGCUGUAGAAGUUGUUACAAAUACUGUUGGACGUGUGGUGUAUGACUAUCCGAUUAAAUAUAUCAAAGAAAGUACACGACCAAAUUAUUGGCGUCCAGAUAGUGAAUGUCAUUCUUGUUUCAUCUGUAAACUACCAUUUAAUACCACCACACAUCUACAUCAUUGUCGAAAAUGUGGUGAAGGUAUUUGUGAUACAUGUUCACCAAAUAAACGUCCUGUACCUGAACGAGAAUGGGAUACACCUGUACGCGUGUGUAAGUUAUGUGAUGAAGAAAUGAAUAAAUCAAAUGGUGAAUACAAAUAA